AUGUUGCCCAAGGCCUGGUUUUCAGGUGCCGUCGUCGCCCUGGCCGCUGUGUCGUCGGCCUUUACCUUUGACGACAUUCGCAUCGACGGUAUCAACCAGUAUCUGUACCACGGAAAGCGACAGCAGGCCGAGGGCACUGGCGCCUCGUCGCCGCCUCCCGCUGCCACAUCGACGCCUGCACCACCGCCAGCGAGUUCACAGCCUCCUGCAGCUGCCUCAACACCACCGCCAGCGUCAUCCAACCCUCCUCCGUCGCAGGCUCCUCCCGCAUCCAGCCAGAACAACAACAACAACAACAACAACAACAACAACAACCCAGCGCCAUCAGAACCCACACCCGAGGCCCCUACACAGACGACUGCUCCCCCCGGCUCUUCCAACGAUGGUGGAAACAAUAACAACAACAACAACAAUCCGGCAUCGUCGCCGGCAGAGCGCACAACUCAGGGUGGUUCGUCGCCGACGGCCACUCGACCGGGUUCGUCCGUAAGAACCACGCCACUUGUCCGGACUACACCACUUGUUUCCACAUCAUUCCAGGAGUACAUUACCGUCAUCACCACGGUCAGCGCAGGACGGGAAAUCACGCAGACCUCAACUGGCACCAGCACAUUCGAGACCACGACCGGACAAGCCGUCAUCACCGACCCCCCGACCGCACAGGCCGGCGACUCCAACGAAGGCGGCGGCAUCAGCGACUCGAACAAGAAAGUCAUUGGUGGCGUUGUCGGUGGUGUUGGCGGUGCUCUACUCCUCGGCGGCAUCGCCCUCGUCUUCUGGCGCAUGAAGAAGCGGCAAGCGCGUGUGCAGGAGGACGACGACGACCUCAUGGCUGGCACUGGCACAGCUCUCGGCGACAAACCGCAAAACGGACCGGGAUCUUCGCCCUUUCAGCAGAACCUCGAUCAAUAUCAUAAUCCGGGUGGACGACCCAAUGCGGCCGCCAACUUCUAAGUACAUUGGUUCUGUUAAAGGCCCCCCCGUUACGAUAUCAACGACUUAACCCGAGGUGUGUGAUGUUGAGAGGGAUGUUUUAUGUGCGUGGAGCUUGUUUGUAUAUACGCAGGGUCCUUAGUUACAGGAACGGAACAAACAGUUUACGACUCGGACUUGUGGACGACAAGGGAAAUUGUGGAAAGAAAGAGGAAGAGAAAAAGAGAGAGAGAGACCACAUUCACUCCUUUGUUUCCUCUCCCUCUCUAGCGAUGACCUUGUCAAUCGUCGUCGCUACUUGUUUAAAGAAAAAAAUCAUGAUUUGUAAUUGAGGGAGACUGAGACGGAGAACUUGAGAUGAUAGCGGUUUGUUGUUGCUUGCAUCUCGUAAGACCUACCUACACUUUAUUAUUAUUACCCUUUUUGUAGCGAGACAAAUUUUGAAGGUUUGUGUGUGUUUUUUAUUUAGCCAGCCUGUCAGUCAGUAGUUUAUAGUCAUCAUACCCCCCACACAUUAUACCAAUCCAUAUUAUACGAUGUCAAA